CUCAAGACAAUCCGCCUGAAACACUUCAAACCCUCUUCACGUAUGAGAAAAGGUCUGGUCAAGCACAAAGAUUUCUCGGUACAGUUCCUCGCGUGGGCACGAACUUCAGGUGGCCUUCCUCAAUGCCAGAAUACCUCAGAAGAAGUGCCUUCGAGAACAUCGCUGAUGUUGAUUUCGAAUUCGAUGAUGAGGUUGGAUUUAACCUCUUAUUUUUCUACAACGCACUCGACAGUGGCGAAUUUUCUGAACAUGAAAACGAGUGGGUGACGGUACAUAAACAGAGAGUAAUAGAGUAUGGACAAAAGUAUGAUGAUGAUAAAUUGAACUGCAUUCUCGAAACCAUGCCCGGUGCUGUCCAAAUCCCGGUUAAUCAGAAAUGUCUGCCACGUAAUCCACCAGCAAAGAUGGUAAUUGUUCAGCGUGCUGAAAAUGGCAACGACUACAAGUUCAGAGUUUAUGUCAAAAGACCCCGGAAAGGUUUGAUUGCUCUACUUGAGUACGAUUUUUAUGACAUCCAAAAUAACAACAAGAAAGAACGCUUGGGAGAACAGGCUGGAGCAAGAGCUGGGGGUUACGGGGAGCCUGCAAGACAAUUCUGUGCAUCUCGGAUAUUUGAAAUAUCUAUUGGUAAUAAUGAUAAUUGGUCAAAAUGGGUUCAAGCCAAAAUUGUAGUCUGGGAAAAAGAUCCCGGCAAUCAAGUGGAAUAUGCCCUUGUUGAUAACGAUGUACUGACCAACUAG